GAGUGGUGGGAUGGGGAGCAUGCUAUCGAGAUGCCUUUCAGCCUUCUGCACAUAGUGAUCCGGGGCUCCAUCAAGGGGAACUACCCGGCCAUCCUUACCUACCAUGACGUGGGCCUCAACCACAAGCUGUGCUUCAACACCUUCUUCAACAUUGAGGACAUGCAGGAGAUCACCAAGCACUUUGUGGUGUGUGGCGUCAACACCCCUGGGCAGCAGGUAGGGGCAUGGCAGUUCCCUCAGGGGUACCAGUUUCCCUCCACGGAGCCACUAGCCACCAUGCUCCCCAGCAUAGUGCAGCAUUUUGGGUUCAAAUACGUGACUGACAUUGGAAUUGGAGCUGGAGGCUAUGUCCUGUCCAGGUUUGCACUCAUCUUCCCCUUCCUGGUGGAGGGGCUAGUGCUGGUGAACAUCAACUUCAAAGGCAAUGGCUGGAUCCACUGGACUGCCUCCAACCUCUCUGGCUUGACCAGCACUUUACCUGACACCAUGCUAUCCCACCUCCUUAGCCAGGAGGAGCUGGUGAACAACACAGAGUUGGUCCACAGCUGCCAGCAGCAGACUGGGAACAUGGUGAACCAGGCCAACCUGCAGCUCUUCUGGAACAUGUACAGUAGCAUCAGAGACAUUUACUGGCCUGCAAUGGUGCCUAAUGCCAAGAUGCUCUACUUCCCCGUGACGCUGGUGGUGGGGGGUAAUGCACCUGCUGAGGAUGGGGUGGUCCUGUGCAAUUCCAAACUGGACCCAACCUCCACCACCUUCCUGAAGAUGGUAGGUUCCAGGGGCCUUCUCCAGGUCACAGAACCUAGGAAGCUGACAGAAGCCUUCAAAUAUUUCCUGCAAGGCAUGGACUACAUGCUCUUGGUUAGCAUCACCCAGCUGCACCUACUCAUGACCCGCUCAUGGACCUCAUCCCUCAGCAGUGCCAGCUCGGUGGACGCCAGCCACGCACAGGCCUGCACCCACAUGGAGAGCAACAAGGGCCUGAACCACAUAACACCGUGGAGGUGUCUGUUGAAGCUUUGGGCCCAUUGA